UUACUCUGAGGUGAAUGCACUCGCUGUCAAUACGGAGACUCUCCGAAGAAGUUGCCGCACUCUUUCUCUCGAGAUUCGUCGCCUUCUGUCUUGGCUCACUCGACGGCUCGGCUCCGCCGGUAGCAGUUCAAGAAUGAUGCGGCCGAAAGAUUUACGCCAGGGCUCCGGCACCAAGACCUUCCUGGACGCCAUGCACGGUGGUAAAGUUCACCUCGCACGCUUCAUCCUGGACGCCUUGGACGGGCGGAUCAUCAACUCAAAGACGGAAAACAGCCGCACCCCGCUCAUGUACGCGGUUUGCCUGCAAGACCCCGGCGCCAGGGCCAAGUUCACCCGGCUCCUGCUGGAGAAAGGCGCCGACGUCAACUGCCAGGAUGAGGACGGUCGGACUGCCCUCAGCCACGCCUGUGAGAUGGGUCACCUGGACGUGGUGAAGAUCCUGGUGCCGUUCAACGCCGACCCGGAAGUCUUUGACACCUGGGGCAACAGCGCUCUGAUGUAUGCUGCCUUUUCUGGGCACAACCAGGUUCUGGAGUUCCUGGUCCGGGCUUUCAAAAGACUGGGACUGAGGCUGGACAGAACCAACAAUGCUGGUCAUUCCGCCAUCGAGGUGGCCAACUUCUUUGGACACAACCAGUGUGUGCAGAUUCUGAACUUUCCGUGCAGGAGGGGUGUAAGCGCAGAUAAUCCACUUGCUGAAUCGGGUACCAUCGGUGAAGGAGAGCGCCGGCUGCCCAGCCGGCUCCCGAGGCAAGUUCUGGAGAGGUUCUCCAAGCAGCUGAAUAACAAUGGAGACCAACUGCCCGGGGUAUUUCAGAGACAGCUGAAGAUUGGAGACAGCACCGGGCUUUGGAACCGUUUCAGAUGCCCCAGGAGCCAGUCUCAAGACGACAGCCGUCGCCACGGGUGGGCUCUGCCUCCUCAGACAGAGAAAAGCAAGGUCGAGGGGGAUCACAGCGUUCUCUUCUCUGCCAAACAACUGCAAAACUGCCAGCUUGGAGAGCUGAGAGCCACAACGAUGAACUCUCUGCCUGUCGAUGUCAGUCGAGGUACCGGAAUCCAGGAGCAAACACCAGUAAGUUUUCCCCUGUGUGUAAAAGCAAAGUCGUUCAACCUGGACAUCCUGAGCAGCAGAAAGCAGUCCUAUCAGGGCGAUUCCCGCGACGUCAACCUGCCAGCCAGCAAACUGAAGAGAGCCUCGCUGCAGGAUGAGAGAUGCCUGGUAGACAAGACGGCAUGUCAAGGGAACACCAGGGGCCCGACAGAUGACGAUGACAAAACGCCACUCGAUAAGACCGUCGGAUCACGGAGAGGAGAGACGGAUGACUCGGCCACGGCGAGCAGGAGAGAGCAGCAGAAGAGGGGGAGCUUCGGAGCGACCGGCAGACACAACAAGCUGCUGUUCGCCAGAGGGGAGAUGCAGGCCGGGACGAACCCCGGACGCACGCCGGGGUUGGCGGGACUCGGGACCAGACUGCGGCGUCGAUUCACCGCUCCGGAGUUCAUGCGGUUGGUGAUGGACUGCUCGGCGGGCUCGUCGAACGGCCGGGGGCGGAUUUCCCGCUCUGAAACUUUCCCUCUCUCCCACGCGCACCAGCGGGUCAACAGCCAGCCGAGCGUCGACGGCAUCAGCGGAGUGAAGUGCGAGUUUGAAAGCUGCUCGUCUCAGUCCGCCCUCGACUAGGACAUCGCGCGGCGUGCACUUUUUCACGGGGCUUAAAAAUUCUGCCAGCUCAGUUUGAUUGCUUGGUUCUAUACUCUAUUCAUUGAAGUGCUAAUCUUUUGCUUAUGUUGCAGUUCAUUCGAUUUUUAAAUGCUUCUCAAUAGAAAACAAGAGGUUCAAGUUCAUUCAUUUGCAAACAUAACAUUUUGAAAUCAUUUAUAAAUUAACAUAUCAUCUGUGAGCUACUUAGCUAUUAUUUCUUUUGUUUAUAUAUAAAUACACACACAUACGUGUGAUUUAUAUUGUAUGAAAUUAAAUGUAUUUGACAUUGCGCUUAUGUGUUUAUAUGAAGUAUUUUGCUUAAACAUAUUCCUCGAAAUAACCAAUAAAUGACACCUUGCAACUUG